AUGUCUACUCCCGAUAACGACGAAGUGAACAACGUUGACAAGAUUCCCACUGAGCAAAAGGGCGCUUUCCACCAGUUCCUCAAGUCCUUGGCUUCCUUCUCUGGUGAUCUUUCUUCAUUGACUUGCCCUGCCUUUCUGCUUGCUCCUGUGUCUUUGAUUGAAUACUCUGAAUACUGGACACAGCAACCGGACCUCUUUACAGAUAUCACUAAAUCUGAUGACGAGGUGGAGCGUAUGAUUGCCUUUGUGAAAUGGUUCAUCUCUUCCUUGAAUGCUUCGUAUUCUCGUCGUGUACCCAAGGGCGAAUGGGAAAAGAAGCCUUACAAUCCUGUGCUGGGUGAGCAAUUCAAGAUGCAAUGGGGCGACUUGCAAGGAUCUGGUGAAACGGAUGUCCUUGUUGAGCAAGUAUCCCAUCAUCCCCCCGUGACCGGAUUCCACAUCAAGAAUGAGAAGCAUGGCCUCACGUUGAAUGGCCACACGGGUCAAAAGACUCGCUUCUCGGGCACUUCGCUGAUUGUCGAUCAGGUUGGUCAAAGUAUAGUGACUCUGAAGAAUCGCAGCAACGAAAGCUACAUGUACUCUUGUCCUUCCAUCACUGUAAACGGUAUUUGGUAUGCUGCCCCCUAUGUCGAAUUACUCGGUACAUCCUAUAUUCAAUCAACAUCUGGCUUGUACUGCUCCAUCGAAUAUACCUCACGUGGUUGGAUUUCGGGUGAACGAAACCACUUUAAAUGCUAUCUUCGUCGCAAUGGAGGAAGCUCAAAGGAAUACAUCUGCAAAAUGGAAGGCCAAUGGAGCGGCAAGUCGACACUGACUAAAUAUGGAUCAAAGACAUCUGAGCCCUUCCUGGAUGUUACUGCAUUGACACCUGCUCCCAUGCACGUCAAGGAGACCGCAGAACAAGACGACAUGGAGAGUCGCAAAAUCUGGCAAAAGGUAUCUGACGCUAUUCGUGCAAAUGACACGAACCUGGCUGGUAUCGAAAAGAAUAAGAUUGAGACACAGAAGAGAGAGGAGAGAGCUGCCCGUCAAGAAGCUGGUGAGGAGUGGCAGCCUAAAUACUUCAAGUGGGAGGAGGAGGAGCCUACAGUGAUCACACUCCAGCGCAUGCUGACAUCCACUGUCAAGUCCAAGUACGCCCCUGCUACACACGGUAAUUGGGUUUAUAAGGGUGAUUUGUAG